AUGACUGAAAAGAAUUUUACAGUUGUGACUGAGUUUAUUCUUCUGGGAUUGACAGGCCACACUGAACUGAAAAUCGUACUUUUUGUAUUGUUCCUGGUGAUUUAUGUCAUUACCUUGGUGGGAAAUCUGAGCAUGAUCUUCUUAAUCCGAAUCACUCCCAAGAUCCACACACCUAUGUACUUUUUCCUCAGCUGCCUUUCUUUUGUAGAUGUCUGCUAUGCGUCUGCCAUUGCUCCCAAAAUGCUGAUAAAUCUCCUGGUUGUGAAGGCAACCAUCUCUUUUUCCGCUUGCGUGGUACAGCAUUUGUGUUUUGGGGUAUUUGUUACCACAGAAGGUUGUUUGCUGUCAGUAAUGGCAUAUGAUCGUUUUGUGGCUAUUACAAAUCCUUUGCUUUACAGCGUGGUCAUGUCUAAGAGCAGGUGUGUAGGGCUGGUCAUUGGGUCAUGGACGUGUGGAAUGAUUAACUCAUUAACACAUACAGUAAGCUUAAGCAGACUGUCCUUCUGUAGGCUGAAUGUUGUCAGCCACUUUUUCUGUGAUAUUCCUUCACUUCUAAAGCUGUCAUGUUCUGAAACCUCCAUGAAUGAGUUGUUGCUCUUAAUCUUCUCUGGAGUCAUUGUUGUGGCUACCUUCUUGGCCGUGAUGAUUUCCUACAUUUUCAUUGUUCUCGCUGUCCUGAGGAUCCGCUCAGCGGCAGGCAGGCAGAAAGCCUUCUCCACCUGUGCUUCUCACCUGACUGCUGUGACCAUAUUCUAUGGUACCCUAAGCUUUAGUUAUAUUCAGCCAAGCUCUCAGUAUUCUGUGGAACAGGGGAAGGUAGUUUCUGUGUUCUACACACUAGUGAUUCCCAUGUUAAACCCACUGAUUUACAGUCUGAGAAACAAAGAGGUAAAAGAUGCUGUAAAAAGGGCCGUGGAAAUUAAACAUUUUUCCUGUUAG